GGAAGAAGCUUUUAAUGUGUGAAAGUAAACAACAAAUAAACAGCUGCAGGCUCAUGGACUCUCAACCUGAUUCUCUCACCUGGUUACCGUUGGUUACAGCAUGGAGCACUCUGAUUGGACGGAUACUUCACUGACUGCUCUGCCUCCAGUGACAAACCGGUGAUUGUAUGAAUCGGUGUGUGAACCAGGUGAUGUUACCUGUGUUUCAGGUGUUCAGUCAGCAGCAGGAUGUCAGACUUCUCUGAUGAAGCAGAUGACCAGAAGAAGACAGGGUCUGCCACCAGGAUGUGGGCGGAGUCUCAGCCAGGUCCAUCCAGGUGUCAGCCGAGCAGACAGGGUUACUGUGGAUACUGCAGAGUCCUCUACAGCAACCUGGACCAGCACCUGACCAGUCUCAGACACCUGGAUUCAGUCCAAGCAUCCUCCAGAGGCUCUAGCACCGUCUCCUCUGCCAGCAGCAGCCGGACCAAACUGACCCUGUUGGAGCGCUUCCUGCAGGACGUCCUGCAGCACCACCCGCACCACUACAACGACCCCAGGCCGUCCCACGCUGACCUCCCGUCAGUCUCCACCCCUCCGUUGCCGAGGGCGGAGCUUGAUGAACUGCGUUUCUCUGACAACGACAGCCAGUCUUUAGGUACCAGAGAACACUUGCCAAGCUCCGAUGACCUGUCGUGUCAGCCAGCCAAUCAGCAGGAAGAUGGCGGCGUCCACAGCCAAUUAGGAGAGGGAGUCACCAGAGGGUCUGUUCAGGACAGGCUGUCUGCACCAAUCAGAGAGCAGGAGGACACUGGGCCCGCCCCUACCCUCACACCCCCACAAGCCCCACCUCCACAUGUAGAGGCCCCGCCCAUACAGUCUCAGGCCCCACCCCCUGUCCACAGGAAGGCCCACAGGAAAACGAACAGGAGGAAAACCAGUGAGUCCUCCACCUCCUCACCUCCCCACAGGGCCCCAGGUUCACAACCACACAAAGACCACAACCCGGUCCAGAGACCAGAGACCAGACCAGGACCCUCAGACCUGAGACCCUGGCUGUGCUGGCAGAGGGAGAGGAGGGAGGCUCACAAAGAGGAGGCGUUCACAGACCACAGCAACGCUCUGGACCACACCAUCGAGGAGGUGAUCCAGAUGUGCUGUUACGGCGUCACCUCCGCUUCCUGUCGACAGGACGACACAGAGAGCUUCCACUUCAGCCUUCCUGUUUCCAUGGAAACACAGAGCGAUGACUGGGACUCACCUGUGCAGGUGGUUUUACAGCGAGCUCAGACCCUCAGCGACACUCAGCCCCCACAUACACCUGUCCAGGUGAGAGGCCAGGCAGAGGGCCAGGACCUGGGCCAUCUGAUGGACGUCCAGGUGGACCUGGAGGACCAGGUGUAUUCACACCAGCUUGAGUCCACCCUCCACGGUGAGCAUAAAACGGGGGGCAGGCAGGACCAGGGUUUCUGGACUCUGCCCAUAGAGGAGGUCCUGCCAGUGCCUGCAUAUAUCCCAGAAUCCUUCAGGGGGAAGACCUGGGCCCAGAUCGAACAGGAGGACGAGGAGAAGGUGGAACACCUGGUCCAGCAGUUCAGACGAGGACGAUUCAUCUGCUACUUUGACAGCGAGUCUCUGGCCAGGUACGGUAGGAGGAGACAGAACAAGAAGGGGUGUGGUGAGAACGAGGAGGCGGAGCCAGACACAAGCAUCCUGCCCUUAUUGGACCAUGACGACGGUGACUCAGCACGUGGGAGGACGAGGAGGAGGAAGGGGCGGAGCUUCAGGAUGGCGUCUAGGUGUCAGGUGGUUAAAGUCAGUCAUGGCACUCAGACUGUCCGAUUGGUCGUCCCAGCUGUCCGUCAGCCGGCUCCAGAGACCCCGCCCACCAGCAUCCCGGCAGCCAAUCAGGACACAGGAGAGAGGACACCUGAGGCGCAGACAUGGCGCUGCCUGCCUCCGUCGUACUCCAACAUCAUCACACCUGUGCAGUCACGUACCUCUCUGGUCUACCUGCUCUGCUCACCCUCAGGCCCCACCCCCACCUGCUCGUCCUCACCAGGCUCCGCCCCCAAACGCUGCAGGAAGAAGAGGCGUCCUCUGGACCUGCAGGGGUUAAAAGUCAAAUACAAACGACUUCCUGUCAGGUUCUACGACCCCGGCACCAACCGCAUCCUGAAGAACCCCCCCAAAGGCUUCCUGUGGCGCCGAGGCCCCACCCCCUCCGGGCCGCCACCGCCCUGCGUCCGUCAGCUGUUCCGAAGCCUGAGCCCGGACCUGAACACCGACCGGGUGCCGGGAGAGGGGGCCUCCGGCUCCUCCAGGGUCAAAGGUCAGUCGUCGGCCGACUCCCCCUUCAGCCACGGCAGCAGUUUCCUUCUGAGCGCGCUCAAUAGAGACUCAGCUCAGACGUCUACUACUCCUCCCCCUCCACCUCACGGCAGGUCAGAACGGGGGAGAGGGGGGAGGAAGGAGAGGACAUGCCCCCCUCCCUCCACAAGGCGAACCAGGGCUCAAGCUCCUCCCCCACUGCCCAGGAGGGAGGGCCUCCGUCGGGCAGUGCCUGGCAGGAAACACCCUGGUUCCACAGGCCCCGCUGUCCACACCCCUCCUCCCUCCCCCUCACCCCGCCGGGGGAGGGGCCGGAGGGGGCGGAGAUAGCAGCACACCUGAACCAGAGCUUUGUUUAUAAACGUUAAAAUCAACGAUGCCUUCACUGGUCAUGAAAUGAUCGGGAUAUUUCAUGAUCCUAAACACUGAUUAUUGAACCUUAUCAAUCUGAUCAGUGAUCAGUAAAUGUAGCAGGUUUCAGUUUAAAAACGAAGCUUCCUGAUGACAUCAUCUGUUUACAUUUGUGUGUGAACGAUGGAACAAAAUUAAAAAUUAAAAACUCAUCUUUGUUAUUCUUGAUAAACUGAAUAACAAUGUAAAUUUAAUCCACUCACAAUUUUUACUUUAAAAUUAAAACUUUGUAAAAAUUCUCAUUUAAAUUCCAGUUUGAAGAUCAGGAUGACCUUUGAUUUGGCUGCAAAAAAAGGUAGAUUCAAAAAUUUAAAUCUUGACAUUUUCCAUGAAACUAAAUCAUUAGUGAAAUUUAACAUUUUAAGUCUUAAAAUUUUAUUUCAAAAUGUUAAUUGGAUUUUUAAAAAUGUGAUUUUAACUUAUACAUCAUGAAUAUAAAAAUAUUAAUUUGAUUUUUUAAAUUUUGUUUUGACCUUUUCAGAAGAAGAAUCCAGAUUUCAAAUCAAAUUUAAAUUUUGCUAAACAUGAAAACUGGAUUUAAGUUUUUAAUUUUUAAAACUUCACACACAAAUGAAAAAUUCGACUGGAGCCAACGAAGUGAUUUAAUAAUCAUUUUGGCAGCUGUAUGUUCACCUGAAGGCGGAGUGUGUCAAGUGUGACGGCCUCUCACCCGUUCUAUAGGUGAUGUUUUUGUCUCAUGUUGUUUCCAGAACUUUUUCUACCUUUACACUUUAUUUAAAAAUCAUUAAGUUCAUGUUGAAUAAACAGUUUUUAUAACCUGGA